CUCUCCUCAUUUCUGCCUCAGAAAAGCAAAGUGGCCCGGCGUAUUCAGUACAAACCCACUCGCAUUCACAACACUCGAGCUCAUAUCAAGAAAAGGAUGUUAGCGGCAGAACAGGAAAACGCUCAGCUCAGAGAGGAAUUGGUUAACCUCAAGGGGGAGAUGGAAAGAAUGGCACUUAUGAUGGAAACUAUGAUGGCUGAGAGAGAGCAAGCAGCAAUCUCCAAUUCAACUCCUGUUGUGGUCGUCACAGCUGCACCUGAGGGUCCCCCGCAACCAUCUCCGACUACUACUACAACUAUCGGCCUCGCCCAGCCUCUGAUGACUGAUUUUUCUUCUGGUAAUAUGGCAACUAUGGGCAACUCAGGCUUCCGUCCUCUUGGCCCCCAGGGUCCCUUUGCUACUCCUCAAUAUUCCAUGCCUUCAGGCUACCCUUGGGGCAUGCCGAUUGCAACUAACGGGGUUUUUGGUCCAGGCGCUACUGAAAUGCCUUUCCCACAGGGUCAACAGACUUCGGCACAUUUCCAGAUGAGUCAACUAAUUCCUCAAGCUACCAUGACUCAAGCAGGUCCUACUGUGCAUGUUGGGCCACAACAUGAAGAGCAGAUUUAUCACUCCGACAGUAUAAUGGGGGAUGAUAAAGCAAUCGAUUGGGAAGAAAGGUUCGGUGCUCUAGAGAAGAAGAUGAGUAAUAUGCGGGGAAAGGAAACAGUCGUCCAAAGCAUAUAUGACCUUUGCUUGGUACCAGAUGUAAACAUACCUCCAAAGUUCAAGAUGCCUGUAUUUGAGAAGUAUCAAGGGGACACAUGUCCACAAAAUCAUCUAACUAUGUAUAUUAGCAAGAUGAUAGCUUACAAGAAUAAUGUUCCCUUACUCAUUCACUGCUUCCAGGAUAGUUUGACUGGUCCGGCACAUACCUGGUUCAUGGGGUUGAAAGGAGUCACUACUUUUGAACAGUUGGCUGAGGCCUUCAUGCAACAGUACAAAUAUAAUACCUAUCUGGCGCCAAGUCGCAAGGAGUUGCAGUCCUUAACCCAGAAAGAGAAAGAAUCGUUCAAAGAGUACGCACAACGCUUCAUUCAAAAAGCUGCUCAGAUUCGUCCUCCUUUGGAUGAGAGGGAACUUUCAGAAUUGUUCUAUGAAACCCUGAGCCCUUGUUAUUCAGAAAAGAUGAUUGUCUGUGCAUCACAGAAGUUCACUGAUUUGGUGGAAACAGGAAUGCGUAUCGAGGAGUGGGCUCGUAAGGGAGCAGCUGUUUCGGGAGGUUCUUCAGGUGGUUCUUCAGGGAUUUCGUCCAAUGGUAAUAAGAAAUUUGGGAAUGGUUACCCAAAGAGGAAUGCUCAAGAGGUCGGCAUGGUGGCUCAUGGAGGACCUCAGCCCGUGUACCCUAAUCACCCCUUUGUUGCCAACAUCACCCCACAAAUGACCGCACCCCAGAACCCAAACUAUCAAUCAUCCAGACCUCAAGGACCUGCACCAUACUACCCCCCAUUAUACCAACCACUAUACAACCUACAACAAUUCCCUCAACAACCAUAUUACUCCCAACAACCAUACCAACAGAGACCACAGCAACAACCCCGUCCUCAGGUUCCUUACAAUCAGCAGAAUCAAAGGCAACAAUUUGACCCCUUGCCAAUGACCUAUGGAGCAUUGCUCCCUUCUUUACUUGCACAGAAUCUAGUCCAAACAAUACCACCUCCUCGCAUUCCAGACCCUCUCCCACGCUGGUACCGUCCAGACCUUCAUUGUAUUUACCAUCAAGGGGCACCAGGCCACGAUGUGGAGCGUUGUUUUGCUCUUAAGAAAGAGGUUCAGAAACUGAUAAAUAGUAAAGAGUUAACCUUCACCGACCCUGAUGCGGUAGCUCAGAACAAUCCUCUGCCUACUCAUGGGCCUGCUGUUAAUAUGAUUCAAGACGAUCAGGAAGAGGCUCGCAUUCUCUCUGUAGGUGAUAUCAAGACUCCUCUGGUACCGAUACAUGUGAAAAUGUGUAAAGCAACUCUCUUCAACCACAAUCAUGAAGCUUGUGACAUAUGUUCGAUGGAUCCUCGUGGAUGUAUACAAGUCCAGAAUGAUGUGCAGGGUCUCCUAAAUAGAAGAGAACUUGUGGUUACAAGGGAACCCGAGAGCAAGGACGUCUGUGUUGUCACUCCGGUAUUCAGAGCCAGGAGGCCGCUGGUGAUAAACCCUAACAGUACAAAGCCCGUUGGUACUCCCUUGGUAAUCUGUGUGCCUAGGCCCACGCCUACUACUGCUCAGAAAGCUGUACCCUACAAGUAUGAAGGCACGAUUCUAGAGCCCGGAAGUGAGACAACUUCACCUGUUGCUGUGGAUAAUAUCGCAGAGAAUAGCCGGAUUUUGAGGAGUGGCCGCAUCUUUCCUACGGUGGGUCCGAAGAGUGUUAGUGUUCCGGUCGAUGAGCCAGUAAAAGAGCGAAACGCCGGUAAAGGUAAAGCUGGGGAGCAGGCCAAAGAGUUUGACUUUGAGGAUGCCGAUGAAGUCUUGAAGCUGAUCAAGAAGAGUGAAUACAGGGUGGUGGACCAGCUGUUACAAACUCCUGCGAAGAUUUCCAUCAUGGCCCUGUUAUCAAGUUCUGGUGCUCAUCGGGAUGCCCUGAGGAAAGUACUAGACCAGGCAUUUGUGGAUUAUGAUGUAACUCUGGGUCAAUUCGAAAGCAUUGUGGGGAAUGUGACCGUGUGUAACAGUCUGACUUUCAGUGAUGAAGAUCUCCCGGCGGAGGGGAAUAAGCAUAAUCAAGCAUUACUCAUCUCUGUACUUUGCAGAACAGACUCGUUAUCCAACGUCUUGAUAGAUACCAGCUCUGCACUUAAUGUGAUGCCCAAGUCAACUCUCGACCAAUUGGCGUACUCCGAGGCUCCUUUGAGACUUAGCAAGGUGACAGUGAGGGCCUUCGAUGGAACUAGGAGAUCGGUGUAUGGUGAGGUAGAUUUGCCAAUUUCGGUCGGCCCACAUGAAUUUCAGGUUACUUUCCAAGUCAUGGAAAUCCAGGCUUCUUUCAGCUGUUUGCUCGGCAGACCUUGGAUUCAUGACGCUGGGGCUGUGACAUCUACUCUCCAUCAGAAAUUGAAGUUCGUAAGUCGUGGAAAGUUGAUCACUGUGAGUGGCGAAUCGGCCUUUUUAAUCAGCAAUUUGUCUGCUUUCUCUGUUAUCGGUGGUAGUGGUUCAGACGGGCCAUCAUUCCAAGGAUUCUCUGCCGAAGAAAGUGUCGGUAAGAUUGAGACUUGUAUGGCCUCGUUGAAGGAUGCCCGGAGAGUAAUUCAGGAAGGCAAAACCGAAGGCUGGGGUCAGCUAGUGGAGUUACCAGAAAACAAGCGUAAAGAGGGAAUUGGUUUCCUUAACAGUAAGCCUGGGAUGUUCGACCCUACCAGAGGUUCUUUCCACAGCGCUGGUUUCAUUCAUGAUUCACUAGAGACCAAUGCAAUUUUAGAUGAUGCACCUGGAGGAGUGACACCGGUCUUUGUGACGCCUGGAGGAGCUUGCUGCAACUGGAUUGCUGUUGACAUUCCUUCUGUGACACCCCGCUCUAAACUGAACAUAAGUGAAUCCGUUGAACACAGUGACCCCAUGCUUUCUCCCAACUUUGAGGUCCCGGUUUACGAGGCUGUGGCAGAGGAGGAUGAGGAGAUCCCGAAUGAGAUCAAAUGAAUGUUGGAACAAGAAAGGAAGACAAUUCAACCUCAUCAGGAGGAGAUAGAAAUCAUCAA